UGCUUACCUUGAAGGCCCUAAAGCAGCCAAUCACAAAUCGGGGAAUUACAGAUCUGAUUGAGGUGCCAAUUGUCAAAAUAUUUUGACUAGAUAGAAUUAUAGAAGCAAGAAAUGCUAACCUCUGAUAUUACUAUCAAAUAUCGGGAAGUCAAAGAAAACUUUGAAAAUUACUUCAAUACAUUUAUCAAUCUGUUACAUCAUAACCAUCCAGAGAGUCUUGAAUUGGCCAAAAAACAUUUCGAAAAUGUAACAUCUUAUAAUUUAUCUAGUGGUAAGCGAAUACGAGGGGUGUUAGUUGUUCUUUCUUAUAUGGUGUUCAGCAAUAAAAAUGAAAACUCUGGGAAAAACUUGCCGUGUGUAUACCUUAUUGGUUGGUGUAUUGAACUGUUACACGCGGGAUUUCUUGUUCUGGAUGAUAUAAUUGACAAUUCUACACUUCGACGAGGCCAACCGUGUUGGCAUUGUACUCAAAUAGAUUCGAACCGUGGAUUAAUUGGAAUUAAUGAUGGUCUAUAUCUAAUUUUAUCAUCAAAAUUCUUGAUUCAUUCUCUAUUUACUGAAAAUCAAAAUAAUGUUAAUUCAUAUUCAUGGAAGAAUAAAAAUCGUGUAUAUCUCAAAUUGUGCAAACUGUUUGAUGAAGUCAGUUAUAAAACCUGUUCUGGUCAAUGUUUGGAUAUACUGUCAUCAAAUCCUAACAACCAAUGUAUUUUAGAUGGAAAACAGAAUAAUUUAGAGCUUGAUUGUUUUACUCGAAACUACUCACCAACUGUUUUUGAAGCUAUAACACACUGGAAGACUGGUUUUUACACUUUUUAUCUACCUGUAGCAUGUGGAAUGAUUUUGGCUGAAGUUGACGGAGAUGAUAUUUUCGAGAAUGUCCAACACAUCCUUCUUAAAUUGGGUAAUUACUUCCAAGCUCAGGAUGACUAUUUAGAUUGUUUUGGUGACAGUGAAAUUACUGGAAAAGUUGGAACUGAUAUAGCAGAAGGCAAAUGUACAUGGUUAAUUGUUGAAGCGUUAAAAUACCUUUCACCUGAACAAUGUGAAACACUUAAGACAAAUUAUGGUAAAUGUGAUCUUGAAUCACAACAGACAAUUCGCAAUUUAUAUAAUACAAUUAAAUUACCAGAAAAGUUUCGUUUAUACGAAGAGCAAACGAAGUCAGAGAUUAUGACAAACAUUCAAAAGUUUAUGUAUGAUAGUCAUUUUUCUUUUGAUCCUAGGGAUUUAUUUACUUUCCUCGUGGAAUUGAUUUUUCAACGUGUUUGUUAAUCAAAAUAAUAUAACAAUAUUUCAUAUUUUGAUGUUCCAAGAGUCGUUAUUUUUCUUUACUCACAUCUUUUUUCGUAUUGCAGUUCUCUUAUUUUCCCGUUUCUCCUUAAUUCCGUAAUUCGGUUUUUAUUUUUAUCAAAAUGAUAAUGUAAUAAUGACUGAGAUUAUUGUAAGAAUUCCCCUCCUUUCAUAAUGAUAGUGCAUUUAAACCUUCACGAACAUAAUUUUGCUCAAAAUAUUUGUUUAUUUUCUUAAUAUACUGACUUUAGCAUAUUGGUAAUAUUAGUACCUCCUUAUCGUUGAUUGGGUGAUAUCAGUUUCAGUCAGCUUUGGAACAUUAAUUCUAUGGUAAGCUUAAUAAAGUAUGAAAUGUAGCCCAUAGUCUUCUAUUAAAUAAUUUCAAACUUUUAUUGUAUUAGCUUCUAUGAUAAGCCGUUUUUAUCCAAAUUAGACAAACUAACAAAAGCAGUGUUUGUUGUUUACGAAUAA